AUGCGCCUGCUGCCUCUCCUCUCGGUCGUCACGCUCGCUGCGGCGAGCCCUAUAGCAUCCGUCCAGGAGUACACUGACGCCUUGGAGAAGAGAGCCAUCACCGCCUCUCAACUUGACUAUGAAAACUUCAAGUUUUACAUCCAGCAUGGUGCCGCAGCAUACUGCAACUCCGAGACAGCCUCUGGCCAAAAAAUAACCUGCAACGACAACGGCUGCAAAGGCAUCGAGGCCAACAACGCAAUCAUCGUAGCAUCCUUCGUCGGAACAGGCACGGGUAUCGGAGGCUACGUCUCCACUGACAACGUGCGCAAGGAGAUUGUCCUCUCGAUCCGCGGCAGCAGCAACAUCCGCAACUGGCUCACCAACGUCGACUUUGGCCAGUCUAGCUGCUCCUACGUCCGCGACUGCGGAGUCCACACGGGCUUCCGCAAUGCCUGGGAUGAGAUUGCCCAGCGCGCGAGGGACGCCGUUGCCAAGGCCCGCGCCAUGAACCCGUCCUACAAGGUCAUCUCCACGGGCCACUCUCUCGGCGGUGCUGUCGCAACUCUGGGUGCCGCUGACCUGAGGUCCAAGGGAACCCCCGUUGACAUCUUCACCUUUGGUGCUCCCCGUGUGGGCAACGCUGAACUCUCAGCAUUCAUUACGGCCCAGGCCGGCGGCGAGUUCCGCGUCACUCAUGGUCGUGAUCCCGUGCCCCGUCUGCCUCCCAUCGUCUUUGGCUACAGACACACAUCGCCCGAGUACUGGCUGGCCGGCGGUGCAUCCACCAAGAUCGACUACACCGUCAACGACAUCAAGGUCUGUGAAGGCGCUGCCAAUCUCGCCUGCAACGGCGGUACACUAGGCCUGGAUAUCAUCGCUCAUCUGCGCUACUUCCAGAACACCGAUGCCUGCACAGCGGGCGGUAUCUCCUGGAAGAGAGGGGACAAGGCCAAGCGUGACGAGAUCCCCAAGCGCCAGGAGAGCAUGACGGAUGAGGAGUUGGAGCAGAAGCUCAACGACUAUGUUGCCAUGGACAAGGAGUACGUGGACAGCCAUAAGAUCUAG